AUGGCUGUUCUAUCUGGAUGGAAAGCAGGAGUCCUUGCCAGCUUGCUGGCUUGGGCAAAUGCUGUUCCGUCCAUAAAUGUCGAGCUUCGAACCUCGUUCGGUGCUCCACCAUAUCUGGUAGAGCUAUUAGAAACUGCCGCCGAAGCAAACGCAAGCUCGUACUUUCCCCUCCUCGACCGAAUCGCCGACGGAUACUUCGACUCCUCCAAAACCGACCGCGAUCUAUACAACUCAUUCCGAUCCGUCCUCCAGCAAGACUCGCACCUCUCGAGCGAAGCCCUAUCCCUCUUCGACUUUGCCUUGUCAAUACAUGCCGCAGCACCGCGAAUCGAAGCCCACUACCAGUACUACAACACAUCCAUCGUUCCAACGCUUCUCGCAGAUGAAUCAGAAGGAUGCGAGACAUGGGCACACAUGUCGUACAAAAGGCAAAGAUAUUGCUCACCGGAGCUACGAGAGUCGGAUGUAAUCAAGGAUUAUGGACCAGCCGACGACGACGUGCGUUCGCUGCCAUUCGACCGCGUGCUUGGAGAUGAUUUCAACGAGAAGCCAUCGGUGCUGUACGCAGACAUCGAAUCGGAGGCUUUCCGAAAGUUCCACAAGAAGCUAAGUCCGACAGCGAAGGAGGGUUCCACUUCAUAUCGGGUCAGAUAUCGGGCGACGCCUGGCUACGAGAGCAGACCACUGGCCGUGAGUGGAUAUGGAGUCGAGCUGGCGUUGAAGAGGACGGAUUACAUUGUGAUCGAUGAUCGGCAAGCCGAGGAGGCGAAGAGCGAAGAUAAUGCAGGCGAUGCGACUUUGAGCGAGGAGGAGCUGUCCGAUCUGCGGCCUCUGUCGUCCUCAGAGUUGAGACGUUUGGGAUUGAAAGCAUCUAGUUUUGUGAUGGCCAGCGAGGAUCCAUUCGAGACGCUGCUUCGGCUCUCGAGUGACUUUCCAAAGCACUCCAGUCCAAUUGCUGCGACGAAUGUGUCGAAGGAAUUCCUCAAGGAGCACGAGCACAACCGCGAGCUCUUGCUUCCUGCUGGGUACAACGUCAUGUGGAUGAAUGGCUUGCAGGUCAUGUCUCGCGAUGUGGAGGCAUAUGCACUCCUUGAGCAGUUGAGGCGGGAGCGAAAGAUGAUCAAUGAUGUUCAAAGCAUUGGCUUGACCGGAGCAGAGGCGGUCGAGCUCCUAUCACACGAAGCCAUCACCAAGUCCCAGGUUGGUCAGGAAGCUCAACGUUACGAUUGGCGGGACGAUGCUGAGGGUGGUAAUGUCAUCAUUUGGCUGAAUAACAUCGAGAAGGACAAGCGAUAUGCAUCGUGGCCGGCUACGGUGAAUGCAUUCUUGCAGCGGACGUAUCCUGGCCAGCUUCCUUCUGUCAGGAAAGAGGUGCAGAAUCUUGUCCUACCAAUCGACUUCUCCGAUCUCAGCGAUGUAUCGCUGGUCGCCGAUAGCAUCCGCGGGUUUGUGGAGAGGCAGGUCCCGAUUCAAUUCGGUCUGGUCCCACGGAUCAAUUCGCCGGCGAGUAAAGAGCAGGCGAAGGUGUUCUACUAUCUUGUGGACCGGUAUGGUGUUGCCGUUGCUCUCGACUACUUGGAGCGAUCAGUAGCGGGAUCGACCCGCAAACUCGGCGGGCCUGAUGAGAAGCACUUUACCACGGCAAUCGCCGAGCGAAUUCUACGGCGCAGCAAGGAGGCUUUGGAAUUCAGCAAGAUCGCUGACGAUGAAGAACUUUCUGCACGCCUGAAGCCGGUGCAGGCGUAUCUAGCACGACUUGGGGACAUCGACGCAGCUCCACAUGCUUUCAUCAACGGAGUGCCGAUCCCAAGGACGGAUGAAUGGCUACAAGUGAUGAGCCAGAGGAUCGGCCUGGAUCUUCGUGUAGUGCAGCAGGCCAUUUAUGAGGGCACGCUUUCUGACGACGACUAUCUACCGGAUGUCUUUCUGUCCAAGGCGAGCUUCAGACGCAACAAUAUCGUCAUACCGGGAGACGACAAAACUCUUCGCCAUCUGAAUCUGGGAGAGCUGCCCCAUUUUGAACUUCUGCCUAGCCUUCCGGCCAGCAAGGACACAAUCGAGCGAGAGCUAGUGCAUCUCACGGUAGCGGCUGACUUUGAUACGACGGAAGGCUUUGAACAACUGAUGGAGGCCCUCGUCUUUCGCGAGGAGCAUGAUAACGUUGAGCUGGCAGUGUUACACAUUCCAAUCUCUCCUAAUCCCGCGAUACACAUGUACAAGAAACUUCAAGGAGAAGUCGCUACCGGAGACAACCUAUCUGCCAGACGCGAGGUCUACGCUUCGAUGCGCAAGACUGCCAUGACUGGUGAUGAUAUCAAUGAGCCGGGAUUCGAAAAAGCGCUGGUGAUCAAUGGCAGGGUUGUUGGGCCUUUUGCUCAAGAGACUGUACUCGAGGUGGCCGACUUGGAGGCAUUGUUCUCGUACGAACGGAAGAGGCGUCUUCUCCCAGCCGCUCUGGCGAUCGAAAGCCUCAAGCUUCAAGACAAGGCAUCGACACCCCUGGCGUUCGCUCGCGUGUCCAACGUGAUUGCACUUUCCUUGAUCUCGGAGGUACCAGAGGGUAUCUUCGAGCAAGCCCCGAGUGUCCGAAUGGACACUUUCAAGAAAUGGGACUCCACUUACACGGCGAUCCGUAUCGGCGAUGAAAAGACUGCCAACAUUCAGAUCUACGCCGCUGUGGACCCAGCAUCUGAAGUGGCGCAGCGAUGGAUCCCGAUUAUCAAGGUGUUGUCAGAGCUGGAGGGCGUAUACGUCUGCCUGUACCUGAAUCCGAAGGAGCGGCUUGAGGAGAUCCCAAUUAAGAGAUUCUAUCGCCAUGUGAUCAGCUCGAAGCCUGACUUUGAAGACGACGGGUCUCUCCGGGCCGCUCGCGCUCAAUUCGGCGGCCUUCCUGCUGAUGCGUUGCUCAACAUGGGCAUGGAUCUUCCGCCCUCCUGGCUCGUCGCGCCAAAGCACACUGUUCACGAUCUGGACAACAUCAAGCUGAGCGCGGUCAAGUCUGGCUCUGACAUCGAUGCUGUGUACGAGCUUGAGCAUAUCCUCAUCGAAGGACACUCGAAGGAUGCUUCGAGUGGGCCACCUCCUCGCGGCGUGCAGCUCGUUCUCGGAACCGAGUCUGAUCCACACUUUGCGGACACGAUCAUCAUGGCGAAUUUGGGAUACUUUCAGUUCAAGGCGAAUCCGGGCAUCUACAAUCUAGCGCUCCAGAAGGGUCGAAGUGAGGCUAUCUUCAACAUUGACAGCACGGGAGCCCCGGCAUGGAGGACGAAGACGUUUUGGAAGCAUCGAAGCAAGUACUUGUCGAAAGCAGCUCAGCUCGGCUCCGGCCUAUUCAGCAGCAAAGACGAUGUCCAGGCACCCAAACACGCCGACAUCAACAUCUUCUCCGUCGCAUCUGGCCACCUGUACGAGCGCAUGCUGAACAUCAUGAUGGUGUCUGUGAUGAAACACAGCUCACACACCGUCAAAUUCUGGUUCAUCGAGCAAUUCCUGUCCCCAUCCUUCAAAGACUUCCUCCCAAUCAUGGCAACAGCGUACGGUUUCCAAUACGAGAUGGUAACCUACAAAUGGCCGCACUGGCUGCGAGGACAGAAAGAAAAGCAACGCGAGAUCUGGGGCUACAAAAUCCUCUUCUUGGACGUCUUGUUCCCUCUCGACCUGGACAAGGUCAUCUUCGUGGAUGCCGAUCAGAUCGUGCGGACGGACAUGUACGAGCUCGUGCAGCACGACCUUGAGGGCGCGCCGUACGGUUUCACGCCCAUGUGCGACUCGAGGACUGAGAUGGAGGGCUUCCGGUUCUGGAAACAGGGAUACUGGAAGAACUUCCUCAAAGGCCUGCCGUACCACAUCUCCGCUCUGUAUGUCGUGGACUUGAAGUUGUUUCGACAAAUGGCGGCAGGUGAUCGGCUGCGGCAGAAUUACCACCAGCUCUCCGCGGACCCGAACAGUCUGAGCAAUCUGGACCAGGACCUGCCGAACCAUAUGCAGUCGUUGUUGCCGAUCCACAGUCUACCGCAGGAGUGGCUGUGGUGUGAGACUUGGUGUUCGGACGAGAGUUUGAAGGAUGCGAAGACGAUUGAUUUGUGCAAUAAUCCGCAGACCAAGGAGCCGAAGCUGGAUCGUGCGAGGAGACAGGUGCCGGAGUGGACAGCGUAUGACGAUGAGAUUGCUGGUGUUGCGAAGCGUUACAAGGACAGUCGGAGUGGUGAUCUGCGGAAGUUGAGAGCAACGAAGAGACGACGGACAUAA